UAUAUAUAUAUAUAUAUAUAAUGUUCAACAUGAUAUAUAUCUAUUUUGCGAAAGGUUCAUCAGCGGGGUCAACUAAGCGAAUAUGUGCUCCAUCAAAGAACCAAUCCAAUAGAGUGUUUUCAAUGGUUUCAGAAUUGUGGUCAGCAGGAAAUAUGGGUAUUUUGUAGCCUAUAUAUGAAGCCACACUACGAACAAAGAGGAAUGUAAGUAUGGCCAUAUAUCCAUCUUUGGCACUUUUUAGAGGCAACGCGUGGAGUAUUUGAUGUGUGAAAUCUUUGAGCAAAGUCAUAUCACCUUGGUUGACAGUGGUGUGAUUCUUGAUUUGAUCGUGUAAGCCUUCCAAAAGCAUAUUUCUUAUUUUAAAAGUAUCAAACGUCGAAUUCAGAAUGAAAAUCGGCAAUUUGACACAAUCCAAUAAAUUUUGGGGAAAGAAGCAAGCAGUGACACUCAUUUGGAAGUGCAAUGCGUGAAAGUGCCUUCUUGAGAUGAUGCACACCCACUACAAUGCUGAAAACUAUUUCAAAAAACUUCGCCCUGCUGAGAUCUUUCAUGUGAAGAAAGAGUGGACCAUCUGCAUGAGAUAUUACUCGCACACUCUUAGAGAAUUGGCCGCAGAAGCGGUCACAGUGUAUCAUCACGCCUAGGCCGCCGGACGAUCCUCCGGUAAGAAGAACAUUUCGUGCGCCUCUCAUUGCUUUCACUAUCAACUCUUUGAUGACAAUAUUGAAGAUCCUGACACAUCUGCAGUAGAGCUUCGUUACAGGGUCAGGUUUGUUAGAAUCUCCGGCAAAUGAUCCUCCAUCACAAUAUCUUACUAAAACUUGAUUCCAGUUUAAAAAUAAUUUUCAGUUGCAUGAACAGAAAAUACAUCUUUAAAUGUCACAGUCUGCAUGUGAUGUGUAGAACCAACAUCACCUGUUGCAUGACUCUCACAACUCUCAACAAAAUUAUGACUUGUGUGAUAAAUGUUGUUGUUCAAGCACCAUCCUGCUCCUUGAAGGUACACCAGCCAAUUUUCCGCACCAUGGCUCUAUCUUUUGUCUCAGUUAUAUGUUAGUGCACUUUCGUCCAGACAAACAACCCCUCUGCAAUGGCACUUUCAAUAACAUUAGUUGGAAUUUGCUCGCCACAACUGUUUGAUGCAUUUGAUGAUUGGUUCAUCACCAAUGUCACUACUACAUAGAAAGUAAAGAGAUGUAUCAUCACACUGUUUGACCAAACAAACAUUUUAUCAAAGGUAGACUUUUUCUAAAUCUUUUCUCGUAGAGUAAUGGAAAGUGCAAACUUAGCUCUUUGGGAUUUUGUAUACACUUGAUCAAUGCACAUAACCUGACUAUAUAUAUGAUGAGCUGAGAAAUUACGUGUAUCUUUGAUUUAAAUUUGUAAUGAUAUGAUGGGGGUAUAAUAUAUCACUUGCCAUGCAGUAAAAAAAAAUUAGAGGUUGGGGCACGUUGAUGGAGCGUGUUUGGCUAGGUAAGGCUGAAUUAAAGGUGAAAUCAUCCAUUGUGACACAACACGUGCAAUACAAAGUAUAUUAAAUGAAGACAGUAUUAUAUUGCAAAUUUGAAUCAAGUAUAAAGAUAGGUGGCGAUCUUAUCUAAUUUAAUUAUUUUAGAUAGUUCCUCAAUAUAAUUGGGGAUUGUAAAAUAUGCUCUUUUCAUUUUCUUUUUUUGUAAUCAUAAAAAAAAUUGUUCAAAAUACAGAAACACCUGAAAUAUUUGAGUUACUUUAUCUCAUAUUUGCCUCAAUUAUUCAAUGCAACAUUAUAUCUCAGUUUUGGAGGAAAACUAAUUUAAGAUCGGCUAUAUUUGCUUUAAUAAUUUCAUUUUUUAUUAAGACAAUUUUCCUCCAAAAUUUUGUAUUGCACAUGUUGUGUCAUAAUGGAUGAUUUCACCUUUAAUUAUGCCUUACCUAGCCAAACACACUCCAUCAAUGUGCCCCAACCUCUAUUUUUUAAUACCUGGCAAACAGUAAAAUUGUCCAACUCGUCGUAUAUUUUUUUUUAAAAGAAAAUUUAUUAGAUAAAAAGAAGUUGGGUACAAUGCAUGAAAGAAAAAAGAACAGAAGGGAAAAAUACAAUAAAAUAAAAGACUAUUCCCAUGGGAAUUUUUUGGCCUGCGAUCUAGUCCGCAUGCUAUGGCGCCGUUUAUUCUUCUGUGAUUUUUUGUAGAUCUUAAGCUGCGUGUUCAGAUUCUCUGUUGGCAAACAAGUGUCCCGAGUGAUGAAUUGUGAUUUAAAGCAAAUCUCUCUAUUGAAUUGAGAGUCCCUAAUGUCUUCCUGACUAGAAAUAGGGAGUCGUCGUGUGCUAUCAGUUGCAUGCCCUAGGAAGUCACCAGAAAAGAAAGAGUCGUUUGAUGGGUCGAAACUGUCUGAGGCAUCUGAGUAGGCUUGAGUCAGCAUUGGUUGUUUUCCUGGGAAUUGAAAGUUUUGUUUCUCCUUACAAAACGGUAGUAUGCCCCCAUCAUAUCCUUACAAAUUUUAAUCAAAGAUACAAGUAAUUGCCCUGCUCGUCGUAUAUAUAGUUCGAUUAUGUACACUGAUCUGUGUAUACAAAAUCCUAGAGAGCUAAGUUUGCAGUUUCCAUUACCCCAUCAGAAAAGAUUUAGAUAAAAUCUACCUUUGAGAAAAUGGUUGUUUGGUCAAACGGUGUGAUGAUACAUCUCUAUUUUCUAUGUAGCAUGAAAUUGGUGAUGCACAUAUCAUCAAAUGCAUCAAACAACAGUGGUGAGCAGAUUCUGAUUAAUGUUAUUGAAAGUGUCAUUGCAGAGGGGAUUGUUUGCCUGAAUGGAAGUGCACUAGCAUAUAACUGGGAGACGUACAGGAAAGGGUCAUGGUGCGGAGAAUUGGGUGGUGUACCAUCAAGGAGAACGAUGGUGCUUGAACAGUAGCAUUUAUCACACAAGUGAUAAUUCUGUUCAGAAUUGUGAAAGCCAUGCAGCAGGUCAUGUUGGUUCUUCCCAUCACAUGCAACAUGUGACGAUUAAAAUGAAUUUCAUGUUCAUGCAAAUGAAAGUUAUUUUUUAACUGGAAUCAGGUUUUAGUAAGAUAUUGCGACGCGGGAUCAUUUUCCGGAGAUGCCAAAAAACUUGGCCUCGUAACAAAGCUCUACUACAGAGGUGUCAGGAUCUCUAAUGUUGUCGUCAAAGAGUUGAUUGCGAAAAGAAUGAGAGGUGCGCAAAAUGUUCUCCUUGCCAGAGGAUCGACCAGCGGACUGGGCGUGAUGAUAUACUGCGACCGCUUUUGGGGUCAAUUCUCCAAGAGUGUGCGAGUGAAAUGUCUAGUAGACGAUUCACCCUUUCUUCACAUAUAUGAAAGAUCCCUACAUGACAAAGUUUUUGUAACUGAUUUCACCACUAUACUGGGUGUGUAUCUCAGGAAGGCAUUUCCCACGCAAUGCACUACCAAAAUGAGUGUCACUACUUGCUUCUUCCCUCAAAAUGUGUUGGAUUCUGUCAAAUCGUAGAUUUUCAUUCUGAAUUCGGCAUUUGGUACUUUUAAAAUACGAAACCUGUUUAGGGAAGGCUUGCAUGACCAAAUAGAGAAUCACACAGUCUUCAGCCAAGGUGAUAUGACUUUUCUCAAGAUUUGAGACAACAGAUACUUCAAGCGUUGCAUUCGAAAAGUUAUAAAGUUGGAUAUCUCGUUACAUACUUACAUGCCUCUUUGUCCAAGUGUGGCUUCACAUAUAGGCUAUAGAAUACUCAUAUUUCCUACUGACCAAAAAUUUUAAAUCAUUGAAAACACUCUGUCGGAUUGGUUCUUCGAUGGAGCACAUGUUCGUUUAGUUGACCUUGCUGAUGAACCUUUCGCAAAAUAGAUAUAUUUUAUGUUGAAAAUUAUUUCCAUAUAUAUGUUUGUGUGUAUAGUGUACCUAAUGCUUUUAUUUAUAUGAUUUGUCUAGAAAUCAUUAUUGUAUCAGUGCUACGGUGUUUGCCCGAACGAGCUAUUGUGUACUUGAUUCAAUGUUAUUUCAAUCUUUUCAAUGGAGUACUUUGCAACUACUGAAUUAUACUAACGGGCAAACUAACAUCCGUACACAUUCUUUUUUCUAUAUCAAUGUUAGCCGGAAUUUUAGAAGGUUGUUCAAGAUCCACAUUUAAUUUUAUACGAAUGAAAAUAAAAUUUUACAUUUAUAUAUGAGCAAGCAAGUGCAUGCAUCAUUCAAAAGGAUGUGUCAUAAAGUUAAAGCGACACCCUGCAUAUUGUCUCCAUAAUGAAAUAAAUGAUUGCAUUAGAGAAUGUAUGCAUGUAUGAGCAACCUAUCUAUUUAUAUAUGAGAAAGGAGAUACCCAUAACAUGUACUCUUCUACCCUUAAAAACUAUGUGGCUUUCUCUCUUGAAUUUCUCUGACGUAUAUGCAGUUCCAUGUUAGACAUGAUCACUUAUCUUCCUCAUGUCGUUGAUAUAAGCAUCAUGAAUCUGUUAUACGUUUCAUGGAGCGGUUCACCGGACUUAGCCAUGAAAGAGUCAUAUGCAGUCAGAAUGCUGGCCUUCUUCGUCUUUAGUCCAAGAUCAAUUCCUUCCAUCAGUUUGUUCACUACAUCCCACAUUUCCUAUGUUGUUUCCAUGCUUUCUAUCAGAAUGUAGAUAUCGUUGGGAAUUGCUUCAAGCAGGUAUGUCAUGGUCAUCAGGUCAGCUUUCACUCUCAGUUUGUCAUCAUCAGUGUACUCAUCUUCAAUUUUCUAACCGGGUCAACUCGAGGAUUGUUAAUAUCGUCUCCACCUACGGUCAUCCAAAUCUCAGUGGGUCCUUGGUUCAAUGAUUCGAGCAUCGUUGAUGAAUUGUCUUUACUUUCAAGAGAGUUCAGAAACUGAUUCUCCCACAUCAGAUAUUCUCCUCUUCUUAGGAUCGGGGGUCUGCUAUCGUUUCCAAGUGAUAAAGCGUCCAUUCUGUUCUUCAAAAAUUGACCGUCGAGUGGUUGAUUAGAUCUCUAACAGAAAUUCAGAGUUCAAAAACAGAAUAUCGAAAAUCUAGACUUCGAAAACCUAAGUUCGAGAAAAGUUUAUCGAGAAAGAGGUUUUUGAUAGAAGACUUCGAGAAACUUGAUUUCGAGAAAGAGGUUCGAGAAACUUUGCUAUCGAGAAAUCAGAUUCGAGAUAUCAAAUUCGAGAACUUGUUUAUCAAGAAGCUGUGUCGAGAACCUGUAUAUCAAAAUCAAAUAUCGAGAAAUCAAAUAUUGAAAAAUUAUUAAUCGAGGAACUGAUAUUGAGAAACUCAAUUCGAGAAUUGAGAUGUCGAAAUCCUGAAUAUCGAGAUACUGCACUUUGAAAAUUUUAAAUUAUGCAGAUAAAAAAACUCCAGCUGCGAAAACUUGUAUGUCGAGAAAUGUCCUGAAUAGUUUUCGAAUCGAAAAACCUUUCUGAAGCUUUAGAAACCUGUUUUUCUAUACUAUGAUAUCGAGAAAUCGAAAAGUCAAAGUUUACAAAAAUUUAAAAUGAAGAUAUAAUGCUUGAUCGUUUUGAGUUGGUGAUUUCAAUAGUAUGUCUUUUACACUAAAAUGAGCAGAAACAAGAUUACAAGAGCUAAAAGAAGAAAAUAUUGAAAACUCAUAAACAGAGCAUUUUCGUAGUUCUUCUUUGCAGACAAUCUUCACUUGAUCAGCUCUGAUACCAGUUGUUGGUCCCAAAUGUGUGUGAUAAUCGAUCAACUAUAGAAUGGAUUUCAUCGAUACAAAGAAAAUAGAGAUUCAAACAAUGAUAUGGAAGAUUAUCGAGAAUUGAAUUAUGGCUUUCUAUUAUAUCAAGAAGUGAAUUCUGGCUUUCUAUUUAUAUCGAGAAACUUUACAGAGUGAAAGGAUAGAAUGCUGAUUGCUAUUGUGGAUUAUUCGGCGAUGUACACCUUAUUCGCGUAUUUAUAGGUGCAUGUGUGCAGCUUAUCGAAAUAAGGCCUAAACCCUAGGAAUAUGGACCUAACAUAUUUGGCUCAUUUUUUUCUAGGCUAUUUAUUAUAAUAAGCUAAAUACUAUAAAAUCCUAUAAUUAAUCUAAAUAAUAAACAAGACUUAGACAAACUUGAUCACAAUUAAAAAAUCUUCAAUAAAAAUGGUCACAUUUUUGUCAAUUAAAGUUCAUAAGUAAUAUUUGUGCCAUUCUUUAAUAUAUAAUUCUACCCGAAAUUUCUAAUCUAAUUAUUAAUUAUUUUAAAUUAAAAUAAUUUAAUUUUACCCGAAACUAAUUUAGUUCGAAAUCCUUCACUAUAAUUGGUGGACAGUGUACCCGGGGGGUAGCUUAUCCGAGGGGUUAUUGCGGGAAUAACUUAGAGAGAAGUCAGAGCAAACAAGUAGGAGAGAGGCGAUUAUAUUUAUGAACUCGAGAUGUUCUGGUCCUUUACAAUGGGAAAAGGGGGUGCUAUUUAUAGUAGUAAUAAAUGCGAUGAGAGUACACGUGGCGAUAAUCCAACGGCCGAGGGGUCACCUCAAUCGGGUGGCACUGGCAUUCGCAUGUGCACCGCAUUGAUUGCGGUGGGUGGAUGUGACGCCGCAUUAAAUGCGGUGGUUGCUUGUCUCUAAAGGGAAUCUUCGAUGAUUGAGCUGUUGGCCGAGGGCCCUGUGCAGCCGAGGGCGAUGUUCGGCCGGAGGAGUCCCUGAUGCCGAAGGCACCAUGUGUGCCGAAGGCUCCUAGUAGCCAAGGGGUACUGUUUCACGCCAUUUUCUCCCAGUAGCUUCGUAUGCUCAAAUCUGGUUGCCCUGUGUAUUCUGGAGCCCUCGGCCAGGGAGGCCGAAGGCACCCCUGUGCGCAUUGUGAGCUUCUUGACACUUGGAUCGCUGCAUUUGGGCCCUGGGCGUGUAUUGGGCUCAUUGGGCCUGCGCAGGAGAAGUAGGAGUCUGUGGGCGGGGGGUUUCCGGGCCAUAUACUCCAUCAGGAGUCCCCCACUCCAUUUGCUGAAAGGUACUUGAGGGAAAAGGAGUAAUUGUGUUGAUGCGUUGGCUCCGCCGAAGGCCUACGUUUUACCGGAGAGCUUUUACUGGUAUUUGCCGAGGGCUUCCCCUCAGUCCCCCACAUGUCGGGGGUUUUCUUAGGGAAGCAUAGAUGAAUUGCCUGCAUGUGUUGUGAUGGAGGCUGCUUCAUCACUACAAGUGACUUGUGGAAAAUUUUUUAUAUUUCGCUUCUGCCGAAGGGUAUAGUGAAGUAUGUACCCGAGGGGUUCUCCUUUGAUGUUUGCCCGGAGGCUGUAUGUGUUACUUGUAGAUUUUGGCAUUUGGGAAUUUUUAGUUCUGUGUGACUCCCGAGGGGUGUAUCCCAGUCCCCCACUCCUUUAGACCGAAGGCAGGUUCGGGCUGAAGGAGUUAUGACCGGAGGCAUUGUGUAACAUAUAGCCACCGAGGGAUGGAAUGGGUGAUAACCAGAGGCUCUCAUUUGAUGUACCCUCAUGAGUGGCAACAUUGAUAAGCCGAAGGCUUCUGCUGCUGCUUACUCGAAGGCAUUUAGUGAAAAUUGUUCACCGGGGGCAUCAGUGGAUGAAAGCCGAAGGCUAUCAUCUGGGGGCCUCUCCAUAUCUCACAAAUGUAGCCGUUAGGAUAUGACCAUUGGAGGUGUGGUCAACAUGGCUUGAUACCGUUGGCUGAAGGCGGGCAGGUGCCACGCAUUGGGUGAGGCGGCGGCCCGUAAUGAUGGGCUUUUAACCCGAGGCCCAUGCUUCGAGGCUAACCAUGGUUGGGAAGCCUAUAAAUACCCCAAGGCGGAACCCAUUUGCCUUGUGCGAUCUCAUUGAAGCGAAGCUCUGCCCAAAUAUUUCUAGAGAGAGAAAGUCCUUUUUGAUCGAAUCCGAAUUCUCAAUGUCAGUUCUCCACUUGUUCUUCGCUUCUGUAGCAUAUUUUGCUCCCCAGCUUCUAGAUCUUGUGUUAGAGCCUCUAGGAAUUUCUUCCCUUCUGAACUUGUCAACCCCCGUCAGUCAAGAUGUCUUCCAGUAGCAACUCUCAGAACAUAUCGAGGGAGCCCUCGGUGCAGCAAGAGAGCCACCCGGACAUGGAGUCUUCGAGCGAAGAGCCGUCGUCACCCAAUGAUUCCGCUGUGGCCGAAGAAAUUCAAGGCAACCUUCUGACGGAGCUGGAAGCGGAAGAUUUUGAACAGGUGGUUGAAGACGAGGAGAUGGCCCUCGCGCUACAGGUGGCCGAGGAAGAGGAAGAAAAGGAGAGGCAACAAGUAACCGUUGCUGUUCUGCCCCCCCCCCCCCCCCCCCCCCCCCCCCGAGAUGCUGGUGAAGCUAGUAGCUCUCGGCCGCUUAACCCGGAACCUCUUAGGGUUGCCCCGGGCAAGAAGAAGAAAAAGGUGAGGGCGGCGCCGAAGAAAAAACAGGCUGCCAUCGAUGCGAGCCGGUGGGGAUACCCGAAGGCCACUCAUAUUUGAAUACAACGGCCCUCGCAAUGAAGACGAAGGCCACAGCUGCCGAUUACCAGGCCACCCAGUUCCUGGUCGGGCCCCUCGCUCAAGUGGUGGAACCGGGGCCCAAUGACUUGUUAUCUAGCCCGCCCGAGGGGUGCUUUUCUGUCCACAUUCUUUCCGUAGACCUAGGCCUCCGGUUUCCCCUCCAUCCUUUCCUGUUGGAGUACCUUCGAUUCCUAGGGUUGGCCCCCUGCCAGCUGACCCCUAACAGUCAUUCGUAUAUCUCCGGCUCCCUCUCUCUCUGCCGGUCCUGGGAGGUGGAGCCGACCCUUGAUCAAUUCUUCCUUUCCUUCAACCUAUGCCGAGGGGGACACUCACAUGCGGAAGGGUUCGCCAAUCUACAGCAAGUCCCUGCAUGGAGAUUGUUUUCUGAGAUCCCGUCGUCCCACAAGGGAUGGAAGGACCGUUUUUGUUACAUACGGAUGGCGGACAACCACUUCCCGAGGCCCCUACGUGAUCACUUCCGGAGGCAUCUGAAGGUCAGGAAUUAUGCCCUCGAGAAGGCUGGGAAAAAGCUGGCGGCAAAACCCGAAGGGUCAGAGAAGUUGCUGGCGAUAAAGGCUGCCACCCUUCCAGACGAGCUCUAUUUGUUGGGCUUUCGGCGGUUUCGACUGAUGGGGGAGAAAGAUGAGAAGUAUCCAUCGAUAGACCGAGUGUUCCAGAGUGCCGAAGGUCCUGAGAUGGAUGCCAAGUCCCUUGCCAUACUGAAGAAGCAAAUGGCGAAGGAGGCCAAAAAGAAAGAGGGGCCUCCCCAACAGAAGGCCGUUGACGAGUUUUUCCAGAAGUCGGGGGCUGCAAAGGACACAGACGCCGAGGGCCCUUCAAAGGGUGCCGAUGUCGGCACUGAUGCCCAUGUGGAGGCCGGGGGCUCCAAGAUUGAGGAGCUGAAGCGAAAGAACAACGGAAAGGGCGUCAUGCCUCCGGAGAAGAGGAAGAAGAAGAGAGGUGAGGGGGAAAAGGAGGCCCCCAUCCUGAUAACUGAGGAUCAGCCCUCUUUUCGCCCCCCGGCUACCACGCCCCCCUCGUUCUCCUCCAUCUCCUAUUGAUGAGGAAAUUCGGCCGGCGGAGAUUGUCCAGUUCCCUAUCAAGUCGGGGACCUCCGUCUUGCAUGGCACUCUGCACCCCGUUGGGUUCAUGAGGGGAGUGAUGUCCUCGAAGGACAGGUCCGUGCUGGCUCACUUCGAGGAUGAUAUCCUUGAUCACAAAGUCGCCAGCUACACCACCAUGGUGAGCCUUAUUCCCUCCUUUAUUCUUUUUUCAAAAUUUUUAAGUACCCUGGUGAUAAUCUUAUGAUGCGGCUUUGGGCGAAUUUUCUGACGCCGAGGGUCUUUUUUCCUUGCAGGCUGCCUUGGCUGCUUUUGAGCAGGCCCGGAGGGUGGAACAGCUUAGGAUAGCGAAGGGCCAAGCAGACAAGGCCCUAAAGAAAUCCGAUGAGGAGAUCUCCGCCCUCAGGAAGCGGCUCGCUGAUGCCGAGGAGGCCCUUCGGCUGGAGAAGGAGGCCAUGGAACAAAGGCUGAAAGAUGCCGAAGCCAAGGGCAAGACCACGGCUGAGGAGGCCGCUGCCGCCGCUGCUUAGAGUGCUGCCGAGGCCCGCCGACAAUGCCAAGGCCGAGGCGGUCGCUAAUGCCAAGAAGAAAGCGGUUGAGGCCUUCCUCACCGAGGGCUGGCUGGCGGAAGACCACAAGGGGUGGGUGGCCUCGGUGGUGGAGCAGAAGGUGGAUGCCUGGGUGAAGGGCCCCGGAGCUAUGCGGCUGGCCCGGAAGGGCAAAGAGUACUAUGAUGGGGGCGAGUUCUUUACCCAAUGGCUCGUCUACUGGAGGCUCGCCCGACACUUCGAGAUUGACCCCAAGGACUUUAAUCCCGCCACCUAUGGUCUGCCCCCCUUCAGCUGGACACAAGGAUUCCCCUCCCUCCGGGCGCAGAGAGACCAGACCUGGAGGACUCUGAACUGAUGAAAGAGGCCGAUGAUGAUGAGGAGGAAGCCGGGGAGGAUGCUGACUCGAAGCCGAGGGGUGAUGGCCAAGCAGCUGAUCCUUGAAAUAUUUCUUGUAAUGUAAUAGAUUAGUAGGCUAUGGCUUCGGCCUUGUAUUGUAAACCAACUUCUGUUUUGCACUUUCGAAUAUUUGAAUGAUGAUGCGCCUUCGGGCUUUUUAAUAUAUGUGCCUUUGUUUCCUUGCUUUCGUGUAUGAAUGUAUGCUUUUCUUUCUUUCACCCGUUUGCCCGGAGGCCACAAGUUUCUGGACUUAGAAAAUUUUCUAAGUAGUAACUUGACAACAAGCCUUCGGUUAUAUUGUAGCAUCACCGGGGGCUUGUGGUUGUGGACUUAGAGAAUUUUCUAAGUGACAACAGUUGUCAUGCCUUCGAGCCACUUGAAUGAAUGUAUGCCUUCGUCCUUUCUUAUGUAUGCUUUGAUAUGUCUGUUCGAAGGCUAGGAAGUUGUGGACUUAGAAAAAUUUCUAAGUUAAAACUUGGCCAGAAGCCUUCGGCUAUAGUGUAGAAUCUUCGGGGGCUUGUGGUUGUUGUAAAACCCCCAAAUUUCCCACCCAAAAACACUUUGAAAUAAUACUUUAUUAUUAAUUUUAUUUGAAAACAUCAGAAUUGUGCAGCAGAAAAACCAAAAGGGAAAUAGGGGCGUUACCGCCACACUCGGCUCUAACCUAACCGAGUGCACAGACUAAUCACCACAGAAACAAUUAAACUCAAUAAGUGUCUUGAAAAUUAAAUUAAACUAUGGUGUUAUCUACUAAUUACAUUUUCUCUAGCGGGAGCUCUCUCGAAAUCAACAUCAUCAUCAAUUAGAUACUCAAGCUUCAUCUCCUGCACAAAUAAAGUACAGGAAAAGAAAGAAAAACAAAGAAACAAAAAUUAGCCGGAAAUGCUAAGUAAGUCACACCCCAACCCCGUAAAAUAAUCACGUUUGAUACAUAUAUAUAAUUUUUUUUGCAAAACAUUUGGGAGGAAAAUCUUUUCAAAACAUUCAUACCAAUCAUAAGUAAAACAAUAUUUAUAGUAAAUCUUCAUAACAUAAUUCAUAUGUAAAAUAAUAAUAUUCCAAAUCAUAGUAAUUCCAACAUUAGAAAAUGUAAUAAAAACUCUCAUAAAUAUUCCAAAGCAUAUAUCAUAUACACAACUCCAAAUAUCCAUCUCAAAACUUACUUAAGCACUUUAUCACAAUUCUUACAAAACACAUAGUCAAUAUCCACAAAUAUGUUUUCCAAACCAAUAUCACAAGUAUUUGUACUUAAGAAAUUCACAAUUAAUAAAAUACCAAAACAUUUGAUUUACCUCAAAAUAGCUUUAUAGCUAAUUCUCCUAGUUCAUUUAGAAGGGCUGUGCUCAAGCGUUAUUUCGAUUCUUGAGCCCAGUGAUCCGUUGUUUUGUACGGUCACUCCGAUCUGCUCUCGGUACCCUCAUCUCCUCUGUUAGAAUCUAGACUUCUACCUUAAGUGUGCACACCCCCUAAAGGGAUUCCAAGCCCUCCGAGUAGUAUGAAGUCUAAGUAGUUCUGACAUCAACGUCUCCCUACUCCAAAUGGGAUAUACUCCCUAAGUUCUAGGUUCAAAGACCCUUAAGAGAAUAGGUACUACUACUACUACUGCUCUAAUAAAUGGGAUCUAAUGCCUAGUUGUUCGGGGUGGUUACCGAACCCUCCAAAAAUUUGUUUAAUUUGUUUCACACCUCUCAGUUCAAGUAGUAGUAGUCCUAACCCUCCCUCACCAUUAACGGACGUGAAGGUGGCCCGACACCUGCGGAUUUCUCCCGCGGUGCCCCAAUUAUGAAAACAGUCUUUUAUCUUGUCUUUCCAAAACUCAAUAUUUAUGCCUUAUAGACAUCAGUGUCAAAAUAUUAAUUUUUCUUUGUUUUCUCAAAAUCCAAUCAAAAGUUCGUAUCUUUCAAAAAUACGCUAAAAUUUCCAUAUAUUUUCUCAAAAUUCAAUUUACUCACGAUACCAAAAUAUUCAUCCGUAGAAAAAUCUCCCAAAAAUCAUAUACAAUAACUUGUAUCAAAAUCCAAUAAUAACAACCAAUAUCUCAAAUACAAUAACUUCAUAUAGAAUAACAUUUACCCAAAUUUAAUACACAUAAAUACAUUACUCAAACAGUACAUUAAAACAUUCAAAAUAAUUACGAGGUAAAAGGUAUAAUUUUGGUUGCAAUGAAACUUACCUCAAAUUCCAAAUAGUCCUAACAAGCUUCUCUAACGGCCUAGCCUCCUCUCCAAGUUCACCUUCUAUUAAUUAAUAAUUAUGCUAGUAUCAAUAUCGAUGUCACAUAGACUUAAAUUCCAUCACCCUUUUUUUAUAAGAAUUCCCUUAUGAUUUAUCUCUAUAAUACUCCGUAAUAAUUUAGUUGGUUAAUAGCCAUCUACUACUAUUAAACGACGUACCAUAAUGUAUUCAUUUAAACUGGCUAUUCUUAUAAAUAUUUUUGUCUUAGAAAUAAAAGCCCGGCCGAUAAAGUCAGUUUCUUUUUAUUAAAAGGUUAUCUCAUUCAGCCAGACCACUAAUGCAAUAAUUCUCAAUACAAAGUUUACCAGACUCCAGCCCACAGGUGUAAAAUAAACUUACGUAUGCGUGGUACUACGUACUUCGUAUUAUAUAUGGAGUAUAAGAAUGAGUUACGUACGCUUCGUUCGUCAUUUACGUGAACCAGCACGUACAAGCGUUCAGAUUCUCAGCUCCGAUACAUUCCUUCGGCGUUAAGAACGAUGUCUCUCGGCUCCGGCGGCAGUCUGGCCGGACUCUGGACCCGCCGUAUGUAACAACUGAGUUUGAUUCCGACGAUGUUUCUUUGCUUCUCUGGCGGUUCGUGCCUGCUCUGGCGAGUUUCCUAUCCGUUCCUCUGGCUACGUACUGUGUCUUUCGUUGAUCGAGGUUCACAGAAACAGGAGCAACGAUGCUCGGCGUUUUCCCUACAGUCACGUCUGCUCAGCGUCGGACUGGUCGGCGACGCCGGUAAUAUUUGACGGCAGCCGUGGUCUCAUAUCAGCACUCCUGGCGAGUUUCGUAUCACUCCUCCGGCGAAGACGUUGGUCUGUUUCCGCAGUUUUCUUCGUCCGUAUAGGGAAUACGAAGUAUAUAAUACGCUGGUGGAGGCGUCGUCUUCCGCAAGUAUUUAUACGCUCAGGUUGCAUUGGAAGGUUCUAGCUUUAGGGUUUUGUACGUACAUACGAAGGCUUGGCAGCCCAAACAUUAUACUACCUCCGUUCUCUUUUAGUUGCAACAUUGGACUUUUUGCACUAUUCACAUGUUCUACUUUGACUACAUUUUAUUAAUUGAUGUAUAAUAAAUUAAAUUUUUAAAAAAUAUUGUUAAAUUCUUCUCAUUCUAAUUUUUCAAAAUAUGAAAUUUUUAUUUUUUUUUACUAAUAAGGAAUGAAAGAUAUUAAUGGUCAAACUUGUGCGUUGGCAAACGUGAAAUGUUGACUGUUGCAAUUAAAAAGGAACGGAGGAAGUAUUAUAUACCCAAUACCCAAUUCAUGAAUAAACAUACGCAGGGAUUUAAUUAUAUGGGUAUUGGUCCAUUGGAUAGUUAAUUUUCUAUACUACUGGGGUAUUAUUAUCAAAUGUACGUACAUGUAUGUGUUAGGUGUGUCAUACGCAUAUUAUGUACCGUGUAUGCAUUGUUUUAUUAUUACUAUUUUCCAAAAUGUCACUUUUAUUAUUUAAAUCAAAGUUUUAUCUAAUCACUCAAAUUAUCGAUUUUAUUUUAUUUAAAUUUUCGGGGUGUCACAGUUGUGGGCUUAGAAAAUUUUCUAAGUAAGAGACUUUGCAACGAGCCUUCGGUCGCAGUUUAGGCUCACCGGGGGCUUGUAGUUGUGGACUUAGAAAAUUUUCUAAGUAAGAGACUUUGCAACGAGCCUUCGGUCACAGUUUAGGCUCACCGGGGGCUUGUAGUUGUGGACUUAGAAAAUUUUCCAAGUAAGAUUCCAUUGUAUGCCUUCGGCAAUGAACCAUUGGAAUCGCCUCCGGGUUGUAGUAGUAGGACCGAGGGUUAGAAUGAAUUAGACUUAGGAAAUUUUCCAAGCUAAUUUCACCCUAGGCCAUCGACGGUGUUGAGCCUUCGACUUGUAGUGUAGCUUUAGGUCCUCGUCGAGUAGUUUGAGGUUGUCUUCGGCUGUAAGCCUGUUGGUAGUAAUGAAGUCCACGGUUGCCCACCGAGGGGUUCAAAUUGUGGACUUAGCCAAAUUUCCACAAAGAUUCAACAGAUGUUGUGGUAGACCUUCGGAUGUAGGAGUCUAAUGAGCCCCCUGCCAUAGUAAGAUUCAUGAAGUUGUCUCACGGACCACAGGGCAAGCCUUCGGGCGUGUGAGAUAGAGUAGCCUUCUGGUGCAAUAAUCUUGGAAGUGAGGGAGCCUUCGGCAUAUGGUUUAUUUGUCGCCUUGACUCAGCCAAAUUUUGGACUUAGCCAAAUUUUGGUAAAGUGUUGCUGGUGAGCCUUCGUUUAGUGGAGGCUUCGGGUAUGUGGUUGAAUGACUUUGUGUUGGGAGAUUCCUUUGUAUCUUUAUGAGAGCCUUCGGGAGUAUAUCUCCGAAUUGUUGUUGAGCCUCCGAGGAGAAUAGUAUCCAGGGAGUUCCUCCCCCCCCUACACAUUUUUUUUAAAUGCUGUAGGAGGGGCAUCAAGAAACUUGGUUUCGAGGAAAGGCUUGGCCUAUAUGGGAGGCAACGGAACAAACCGUUGGCUCCCCCCUCGGGAUUGACCUUCCGAUAUCCCGAAGGGAUUGAGGGUCGUUUCCUCGGCCCGAGACAUCGUCUGUUGCCUGCUUCCCCUUGGGGGAUAGCACGGAAAGCGCCUCGGUUUUGAAAGUCGUCCCCUCAGCCCGAGACAUGGUCUAUUGCCUGCUUCCCCUUGGGGGAUAGCGCGGGGAGCGUUUCGUUUGUGAAAGUCGAAUCUUGGGCCCGGGACAUGGUCCGUUGCCUGCCUCCCCUUCGGGGAUGGCGCGGAAAGCAUUUCUGGGAAGGGUUUUAUUUGUGUGUGGAACACAAAUAGCCGGGGGCACUUGGUGCCAGCCGGAGCCGAGGGGUAUUGUACCCCCCGGUAUUUUUUUUUUGGAGAGUAUGUAUAAAUAUGCAUAAUGUAUGCAUGAGGGCGUCCUCGUGGGGCACGGCUUAGUUAAAAACACUUGGUGUUUUUAAAGAGUGAUGGGGGUAACCCGCACACCUGGUACUUGGUACCUUGAUUGGUGAUGUUAUAUUGUGUUCCUCCUCAUGAGAGGAAGGGGCCUUGGGCCUAUUUCGGUGAGGAGAUGAGGGCUUGACCACUCAUUUUUGGAGAGGAGGGGGACUUGGGCCGCUUGUGAAACAUAUAGGUGAUGAAGGCUUGGCCUUUUGACCAUUUUCUCAAAAUGAAAUGGGGCCUUGGGCCGUCGAUCAUGUACAUAUGUGGAGGAUGAGGGCUUGGCCGCUCAUGUUCACUGAUAGAAUUUGACAAGGUGGUGUACAUUCCAAUGUCUAGGGACCUCCGUCCCAUUGGGGCGUUUGAGUUUGUAAGUUCCUGGUUUGAUGAUGGCGGCGACGAUGUAGGGGCCUUCGAAUUUAGGGGCCAUUUUCCCCCCUUCGGUUGGUAGGUUAGCCUUCCUUCGCCGGAGGACGUAGUCCCCCACCUGGAACUCUCGGGAACGAACUUUGGCGUCGAUGUAACCCUUGACUUGGCGCCUAUAGUUUUCAGCCCGGAGGAAGGCUUGCUCUCGGCGUUCUGAGAUGAGGUGAAGGUCGAGGGCCAUGUUGGCGCCGUUGACCUCAGGUUCGUAUUGCUCCACCCUUCGGGUGGGCAGAGUCACUUCUGUUGGAGCCUUAGCUUCAAAGCCAUAACAUAGGGAGAAGGGUGUUUCACCCGUUGCACGUCUAGAGGUGGUGCGGUAGGCCCAUAGAAUGUUGUGGAGCUCUUCUACCCAGCCUCCUCCUUCGGCUUCAAGUUUCUUUUUCAGACCCUCCAGCAAAGUUCGGUUGGCGUUCUCCACCUGUCCGUUGCCCUGAGGGUAGGCAACGGAUGAGAAGGUGUGUUUGAUGCCCCAUGCCUCGAGGAGGGCACAGAAGGGGGCUGCCUCGAAUUGAGUCCCAUUGUCGGAGAUGAUUUGUUGGGGGACGCCAAACCUUGUGAGGAUGUUCAUGAGGACGAAGUGACGGCACCUGGCCUCGGUGAUGCUGGCGAGGGGCUCAGCUUCCACCCACUUAGUGAAGUAGUCAAUGGCCACGAUGAUGUACCUGUUGUUGGAGGUACCCCUCGGCAGAGGGCCGACUAGGUCAAUCCCCCAUCUGGAGAAGGGUAUAGCAGUGCUGAUGGGGGCAUAGUUGACCGCUGGCCUUCUGAAAGUGUUGGCAAGCGGUACACCUUCGGGCAAGAUUUGCACAGUCACGGGCCAUGGUGGGCCGAAAGUAGCCUUGAACUAUGAGCCUUCGGGACAUGGAGAAGGGUCCCUGGUGAGCUGAGCAAGUGCCACUGUGCACUUCCUUCAUUGCAACCUCGGCUUCAUCUUGAUGAAGGCACCGAAGGAGGGUGCCAUUGUAAGAUCUCUUGUAUAGCCUCCCAUUCUCGAGGGUGUAGUCGGGAGCCCUCAGCUUUGCUAAUUUGGCGCGGGCCUCAUCCUCGGGAAGUUGCCCUGUGAUGAUGAAGGUGAUGAUAUCGGAGACCCAGUCCUCCGGCCUGAGAUGUAUAUCCAUGAUGGGGCUUGCAUGUAUGCUUGAGAGGCUGAGCUCCUCAAUCCUUGCUAUCUUGGAGAGGUGUUCGGGGGACUCAGCCGAGAGUUUUAAGAGAAUGUCAGCCUCCGAGUUUUGAGCCCUCGGUAUUUGGGUGAGGGAGUGUGUCUCAAAUACCUUAAGCAAUUCCUUGGCCGCUUCUUUGUAUUGUUUCAUUCUUCCUUCCUUGGCCUCAUACUCUCCGGAGAUUUGGCCCACGACAAGUUUUGAGUCGCAUUUGACGUGGAUCAUUCUGGCCCUCAGAUUUGCUGCUAGCCGAAGGCCACAAAGGAGGGCCCCGUACUCGGCUUCGUUGUUGGACACUUUAAAGGAGAAGCGGAUGGCAUAAUAGGCGCGAAAGCCUUCGGGUGUAAUGAGAACCACUCCUCCCCCGCAUGCUUUGGUAGCAGAGGAGCCAUGGUAUAGAGGAUCCACCACUCGUCUAGAGGGGCCGAAGGCUCCUCAUCCACCGCUGAUCUUGCGGUGCAUUCUGUGACGAAGUCUGCCAGGGCUUGGCCCUUGAUGGCAGGCCUCGGACGAAUGUCUAUGUUGUACUGGCUAAGGAAGAUGGCCCAUUUCACCAUUCGGGAGGAGCUUGUGGGGCUCCUCAUGAGGGCGCCGAGGGGUUGGUGUGUGAGCACUUGGACCGGAUGAGCUUGAAAGUAGUGGCCGAGCUUCUUGACGGUCCAAACAAUGGCUAGGACCGUUUUUUUCCACAGGGGAGUACCUGAGUUCUGCUUCCCUGAGGGUCUUGCUAACAUAGAAGAUGGCAUGUUGGACGUCAUCUUCCUCCCGGAUGAGUACUGAGCUGAUGGCUGCAGGGCUGACGCCAAGAUAAAGGUAUAAGGUCUCUCCCACCUUGGGUUUGGAGAGCACAGGGGGAGAAGAGAGGUACUUCUUCAGCUCUUCGAAGGCCUCUUGACACUCAGUUGUCCAUUGGAAGCCUGCUGUCUUCCUCAUGAUUUGGAAGAAGGGGAGGGCCUUUUCUGCUGAUAUGGAGAGAAAGCGGUUGAGGGCCUCCAAGCGACCCGUCAACCGUUGAACUUCCUUGACAUUGCGUGGAGGCUCCAUGUUGAUGAUGGCCUGAAUUUUCUCGGGGUUGGCCUCAAUCCACCUUCGGCUAACCAUAUAGUGUCACGCCCCAGACCGCAAUCCAAGCGCGUGUACAACCGCCGUAUAAUCAAGUGACGUCACCCGCGAGUCAACCUCACUUAAUUACACAAGGCGUUCGAGAAUAUAAACCAUCCAUACUCAGUAGUAAACAUACGUAACAACAUCGCAUUUAAACCAAUGAAUAGCGGAAAUAUUCAACGGUAAGUCAUAAGCCACAACCGGCCAACAACAUGGGCAUGCAAGCCCCAAAUAUAGUUUAUAACAAAUAAAAAUAUCCAUGAGCAAUGUUUAGUAAUUUGAAAGGAAGUGAGGAAGCACGAACCACGUCUUCCUUGACUUGAUGUCACCCGUAGAAAGGUGCAGGUAGCAAGCCCUAGCUUCAACCUGAAAAUGGUGGGCCCCCCCGAAGGGGUCAGUACAAGUACCGAGCGAGUAGCAGGCUAAAUAUAGAAUAACUAGCGUUUCAAGUAUAAGACCCAAACAUAGGGUGAUACUUAAAUAAAUAGUCUUUUCCCCAAGUUAUGAAAUACUUAUUAGCAUAUAUAUACUUGGAAAAUAUACGAUCCGUAGAUCACCAUUUUAUUUGGGAAAAAUAGUAAUAGUCAAUAUUCUUGACUAAAAACCCCAACCCACCCAUAUACCUAUGAGUGUAUAGGACUCCUCCUUGUCCCUACUUGUAUAUCACAAUCUAUGAGUUUUAGGAUCAUAAUCCUUGGAUACUCCACCGGUUUGUGAGUGUUAAGGACUCAUAAGUCCUAGGGUCCUCCACCAAGUUUUGAGUGUUAAGUACUUUUAAGUACUAGGGUCCUCCACCAAGUUUGAGUGUUAAGGACUUUAAGUCCUAGGGUCCUCCACCAAGUUUUGAGUGUUAAGUACUUUUAAGUACUAGGGUCCUCCACCAAGUUUUGAGUGUUAAGUACUUUUUAAGUACUAGGGUCCUCCACCAAGUUUUGAGUGUUAAGUACUUUUUAAGUACUAGGGUCCUCCACCAAGUUUUGAGUGUUAAGUACUUUUUAAGUACUAGGGUCCUCCACCAAGUUUUGAGUGUUAAGUACUUUUUAAGUACUAGGGUCCUCCACCAAGUUUUCCUAUGAUCAACCUCCUAUCAACCUAGAUAGAGUCUAUAUCAUACUUAGUUACUCGUAACUAAUCCAAUACAUAAAUCUUAUGUAUCACAAUCCAUGCAAACCAUGCAUUUAUAUAGAUUUAUAAUUAAUUAAUACCAACCGGUAUUAAUUAAAUCCUUUGUUCUUCGGUCCACGUUUUCGUUGACCGCCAUUUCAUGUCUUGUGUGUAUCAACUUAAUCAUCAUGUAAUUAAGUUGAUAAUAUUCAUUUGUGCUUCUAAUAUACUUCAAGCAAAUAUGCAUUUCAUAUAAUUCUUCAUAUCAUAUUCCAUGCAUCAACAAUUAAUUUCUUUCAUACAAACUUAACCCUAUUGGCUAAUCCCAUGUUUAAAUAUCUUUUAAACAUCAUUAUGAAAUCAUAUAACAUUUAUUUAGGUAAUCUCAUAAUUAACCCAAAAGUUAUAAGAUAUUUAGCCGUCCACUCACCUUGAACUAGCGUAUGAAGUUCUACCCCUCUUGGUUGAACUCCGGUGAAACUCCGGUGACUUUUGGUCAACUCCGGCGACAAUUCCGGCGACUUUUCCAACUUUGUGAAGUCACUUGAAAUACCCUUUACAAGUGCCUAACAAGGUUUUAACAUCAUAAAACCUUAAUCAAUACAAAUAACCUAUAAAAGGUUAUUUUCCGGUGAACCGGUCGUUUUGGCUUCUAAGUCCGUUCUUGGACAUAGAAUCACUUUCCAACCCAUUAAUCCAUACUUAUAACAUGUAGAACCCUCUUAAGGAUUCUCCACAUGAUAUAUAUCUCAUAUGGUAGAAGAAAAAUAGAGAGGAAGUUAUAAUAAGGUCAUUACCUUAAUCUUUUCACACUUUUAGCACCUUAGCUCCUUUUUGGGUGAUUCUUCCUUGAUGAGCUCUCUUCAACAAUGGAGGAAGGAAGAAGAAGAGUUUUCUUUCUCUUCUUGCUGUAGCUUGGCCGAAAUGGGGGAGAGAGGGGUGAGGCUUACCCCUUUGUCUCAUUGAACAAAUGAGUGUGGAUGGGGGGCCACCUCAUUUUUGUUUGAUGCCUUUUAGAUCAUGUCAACCUCUCCCUCCCAUGCUCUCCUCUUCAACCAGCCGACCAAGCCCUCAAUUUGAGUGGCAAAAAUCGUGGGUUGCCCCCACUCAUGUGGGAGGUCAACCCUUUUUGCCCCGACGUGUACAAUUUGUCCCGAAAGUUGUAUUUUUCGGACUGUUUUAAAUAUAUUUUAUUUUAUCGGGUCAAAUAAAAUAUAUUAUGUGCUCUUACUCAUUGUGACAUGUAUAAUGAAUAUACAUUCCCCAACUUUAAUUUAUAAGCCUCCGAAAUUCAGUUCGGGCCGUUAUCCGUUAAAUUACCAGUACCAGUAAUUUGGGCUUCUUUUGACCGAUCGGUCAACUCUGGGCCUUUCCAUGGCCCAAAUGAAAUAUCCACCACUAUAUAUUUAUUAUCUAGACCAAGAUGAAUAAAAUAUAUGGUCUCGGGAAUGUCGGGCGGCCCCCGCUCCCGGUGUGGGUCCCACGUGCAAUUUACUAUUCACGCGAAAGAAUAAAUAAAAAUUUACAACUUCGUAAAUUCAUAAAUCAUUCCAUAAGGUUUAUUACAUCAUUUACGUAAAAGUAAAUACAUUUGGGGACGGUGUUACAUAUAGCCCAAAAACUUUCCCCCUUGUAUGCCGAAGGUGCAUUUUUUAGGAUUCAACCGUAGGUUGAAUUUUUGCAUGAUGGCGAAUAUCUCCCAGAGGUCCUCGGCGUGGGUGUUCGAUUUUUUGCUUUUGACGAUCAUGUCAUCAACAUAGGCCUCCAUGGUGCGUCCUAAGACAGCUUGGAAAACCCUGGCCACCAUGCGCGUGUAUGUGGCGCCUGAAUUCUUGAGGCCGAAGGCCAUUACAAGAUAGCAAAAGAUGCCUUCGGGUGUCAUGAAGGCUGUUUUUUUUGGCAUCAUCUUCAUGCAUGUAGAUUUGAUGAUAGCCUCGGAAUGCGUCGAGGAAUGACAUGAUUUUGCACCCCGCGGUCUCAUCUACCAGCUGAUCAAUGUUUGGUAGAGGGAAGGGGUCCAUAGGGCACGCCUUAUUCAAGUCGGUGUAGUCCACACACAUGCGGAAGGUGGGUGGCUUCUGUGCUAAUACCACAUUAUCUAACCACGAAGGAUAUUUCACCUCCUUGAUGUGCUUGAUGGAGAGGAGCAUGUCGACCUCUUUCUUGACAAAGUCCCUUCUCUCGGCCGAGAGGGGCCUUCUCCUUUGCUGUAUCGGUUUGGCCGAAGGGUCUACCGCUAGGCGGUGAGUGAUGACCCUUCGGUCGAUUCCCGGCAUGUCCUCCGGCCCCCAUGCAAAAACAAUGGAGUAGGCGCGGAGGGCCUCGGCAAUGCCGGUCUUCAGGUCUUCGGGGAGCUUGGCUCCAAUCUUCAAGACUCUCUCCGGCUUGGCCGGAUCGAGCAUAAAGUCUUCAGUUUCCUCGGCCGGUUUGGCCCUCGGCCUGCCUUCUUCCUCUUCCAGGGCAUUGGUGGUGAUUGUAUCAAUGCGGAGUUCAGUUUUACUAACCUUCCUAGUGAGCUGAAGGUAGCAUUCCCUUCGGAGCUUCUGAUUCCCCCUCGAGUAACCGAUGCCGGUGGGUGUGGGGAAUUUGAGGCAGAGGUGCCUCAUGGAGAUGACAGCUUCCAAAUCCUCGAGGGCAGGACGGCCGAGGAUGAUGUUAUGUGCGCAGUCGAGGUUAACGACGACGAAUUCCACUUCGAGCUUGGCUUUAUGGGAUCCGUCGCCGAAUUCAACCAUAAGGGUGAUGACGCCUUCGGCGUCUAUGCUGUCCCCCGUGAAACCGGAGAGGGGGGUGUUGAUGUGCCGAAGGCUACCCCUGUCAAGUUCCAACUCCUGGAAGGUGCUGAGGUACAUUACGUUGACGGAACUUCCGGUGUCAACAUAAGUGCGGAGGAUGAUGGCAUUAUUGAUCUCAGUGCGGAUGACGAGGGCAUCCCUGCGAGGAAGGGAUCCCGGGGGCAGAUCCGAAUCUGUAAAAUAGAUAGGAUCCGCCCUCGGCCUCUUUGUCGGGGGCAUGCGGUUGAGUUCCCCGAUGUAAAGGGAUUGAGCCCAUUUCUUUCUCUGGCUCGUGGAGUCGCCUCCGGUGUUGCCACCAUUGAUCAUGUGAAUGUGGCGCUUGUAUUGGUGUUGGGGAUCCUCCUCCUCACUGAGGUUCCCAAUUUCUCGCUUCUUCCCCUGUGGGUUUCCCAAGGGGAUGGUGUUUCAGUUCACCCACUUAUGAGCCUUCGGCAGGGGCCCUUGGUGAUGAGGGGGCCCCUGAGAAGGAGGGCCCCUGAUAAAUUGAGACAAGCGGCCCGCUUGUAUUAGCCUUUCGAUGGCUGUCUUUAGCUGAUCGCAGUCAUCAGUCUUGUGCCCAUGGUGGUGGUGAAAACGGCAAUAAUGUUCGUCAGGGUUGAUGGCAUAUACCUCGAGGGGUGCACGGGAGUCUCGCUCCACGAGUCCUCGCUCUUCCGCAUAAUCCAAGAUGAUGCUGACGGGGUGUGUCAGGGGGAUGCGUGGGUGCUCCAAGAGGACGGGUUGCGCCCAUGCCUUCGGGCUGUUCUUGUAACCAACCCCGGGUCUGGCUUGGCCACCUCGGGGGCGAUCGUUGUAUUGCACCUCGCGGUUUGCCGGAGGGGGUGCCCCCCCGGGGCGAUUUCUGCCAUCAUUCUUGUGUGAAGGCUUCGGAUUCCGGCGAUCCUUCUCAAUCUCUUCGGCCUCGGCAUAUCGGUCCCCCCGCUGGAGAGCUUUUGUAUAAUCGCGGGGGGGAUCAGUAAUGAGGGUCCUGGAGAAAUUACCGUUGCGGAGGACGGUGUGGAAGAGGGCCAUCAGGGUCCUGUCAUCGGCCCCAUCGACUUCGAUGGAGGCUUGCCUCCAGCGCUCGAGGAAACUCCGAAGGGUCUCCUCCUUCUGUUGCCUCACAUUAAGGAGAUGGGAGAAAUGCUUCUUGGACCGGUGCCUUCCGGCGAAUUGUGUGAGGAAGCGAUGGGCAAGUUCUUGCCAUGAAUCUAUGCUGCCUUCGGGUAAUCGGUUGAACCAUUCAUACGUCGGCCCCUCCAAGGUGGAAAGGAACCAACGACAUAAAUAUUCAUCUGAUGCACCCAUCAUCAUCAUACUGUUUUGAUACCUGCUGUAGUGUUCUUGGGGAUCCGUCUUCCCCUCAUAAGGCUUGAUGGGUUGUCCCCGAUAUUUGUUGGGGAUCUUAGUCGCCAGCACCCUUGGGGUGAAAGGCGUCAUUGUGCGGAGCUGAAUGAAGGGUUCGUCUGAGCCCUCGGCGAAUUUGCGCCUCAUCUCCUCUACUUGUGCCCAGAGGGCGGCAUACUCCGGAUCUGGUCCCGGCGUGGAAGCCGUCGAGGGUGCCUAACGCGUCUCCUCGAGCUGACGGAGGAGGGCCUCGAUUAUUUCGUCUUUGGGAUCCUUCGGAGCAACCCCUUGGGAGUUGGCCCGGAAGGACUGAGCCUGAUUGAUUUGGUGCCUGGCGUCGUCGGCAUGGAGGGGGCGCUUGCCUUUGUCCCGAGGGGGAGUUCUCUCCUCGGCCCCCUAGACGGAGCCUCCGCUUUCUAUUGGUUUGCUGGUCGCCUUCCCAUCGAGGCGGUCUUGGACCCCUCGGCGCUCUUGAGUUUGACCCAACCUCUCGAGGGCAGAGGUUUGGGGCUUCUCCUUGUGAUGUUUAUCCUUGGAUUGAACCUCUUGGGAGGUGGUGUCUUGCGCUACGACCCCCUCGGCGUUGCCAAUCCGCAUUAUGGGAUUGUUGAACAUAAGAGGGGGUGGUAGACAAACGGAGUUUCCCCCAAAGUAGGGUUGGAGUGGUGCCUGAGUGACGAAGGCUCCAGGGUUGAGAGCCAUGUUAUGGACAAAGGCCGCAAAGGCAGCCUGAAGAUCGAUGGCUGGGGCCGGAGGGGGAACUUGGUUCUCACUCUGAUCCCUCCUUCCAUUUUUUUUCUUCUUCAGGAAAUACCCUACCUUUUAUUGAAUAGAAAAGGAAGUACAAAGAGUAGGAGGACCAGACCAAAGCCUACUCAAAUGAGAUUACAUAAGGAUAACUAAUCGCAUCAAAUUUUAUGAUUCCUACAAAAUGAUUAUAGUGACAAUUAUUUGUAGCUAUGGAAAUACUCUUGUAAGCUAAGUACUCUGCGGGCUGCGGCUGUAUUGAUCUUUGGAUGAAUGAGUACAAUUGUCCAAUUAAUGUCCAUAAGGGUUCUUUUGAUUUUCCGAAUACGAGGCCAAUACCGCCAAUGCUGAAGUGAAAUGCCCCGAAUGCCUUCAUAUACAUCGCUAUUAUCAACCUCAAGAAUAAUAUUUUUAUUUUUACUCUUGAUAUUGAUAAUGGUUUGAUAGAUGGCAUCAUAGGCAGCAAUGCUAUUGUCACUGGUGCUGCUGAUGUAUGUCAUAUGACCUUUGUAAGUGCCAAAUUCAUCACGAAAAAGUGCAGCAGUUCUUGCAAGAGUUUGUUUAAUAUGACGUGUGGCAAAGUUGAUCUUUUGGUAGGAAGGAGGAGGCUUAUUCCAAAUGGUAAUGUUGGGGAUUAUCUUGGUUUUUUUUGGUGGAGUAGUAAUAAGGUUGAAAGUGUUUUGAGCAUUGUUGGAGAGAAAAGGUCGAACAUGGGAAAUUGCAAAAAUGUCAGUUUUGAUAGCAUUUAUCGCCUCAGGAAGGUAGGCCGUUUUAUUAUCAUAAAGAAAUUGAUUUCGUAUCUUCCAAAGAUUCCAAACAACCAUAUUAGGAAUGACAUAGUUGAAAUCAACAAUUUUACCCUUGAAAUCUUUAUACCAGCCCAUCAAAUAGGUUUGAAAAUUAUUGUUAGAAUUAGGCUUGUAUUGUAAAAUAGAUUCAAAGUGGUUCCACACUUUUUUGCUGAAAGAACAAUUAAGGAAAAAAUGGUUGAUGGUGUCCGCGUAUGGGCAAAAAGGGCAUUUAAAGGGUCCAAAAAUUCCAAUUUGGUUAAGUUUGUCCUCGAAUGGAAGAAUACGAUUAUCGAUUCUCCAGAGGAAAAACGAGACCUUUUUAGGGGUCCGAUUGUUCCAAAGGAAUUUAAAAUCGGGGUUUUCAUUCAUUUUGGGCCUUAAAACAUCAUAGGCAUUACAAAAACUGAAUUUGCCAUUCGGGUUAGGUUUCCAAAGAUAGGCAUCAUCGCAUUCAGUAAAAUGGACUUUGGUUUCCUUUAUUUGAUCUGCCAGGAUUUUAGGGAGGCAGGUAUGGAUAGCUGGAAUCAGGUCAUUGUUAUGCAUAGCAUCUUUUAUGGUAAGGUUACUCACAGAAAUGGGGAUAUCAUCAUGCAGGAGGUAAAUGGGCCCAAGCUCACACCAGUUUGAGAACCAAAAAGAGCUAUUUCCCUUGUUUACCUGAAUACAAGCAUUAUCAUAAAAAAUUUGUUCCAUAGAGCUAAGGGCCUUAUGCAUAACAGAGCGAGUAUUGUCUUUAAGGGCAUUAUACCAAUUAGCCCAGAGCCCGUUUUUAGUCUUGGUUUUCCACUGUAAUUUAAGAAAGAAGGCAUUUUGAGUAUGUUGUAAGCUACGAAAACCCAGCCCAUUUUUAGAAAUAGGGUAGCAGCAACAGCUCCAGCUACGCCAAAUGUGUUUAGGAUUAUCAGUACUUCUAUCCCACAGAAAGUUAGAAAGCUUUCUCUCCAUUUUUUGAAUAAUAGUACGAGGAAGGGGGGAAACAGCCAUAUGAUAAAGGGGGAGGGUACUAAGAACAAGUUGAAUAAGAAUCAUCCUCCCACCAACAGAGAGAAGUUUCUGCUUCCAUCCAGCCAACUUAUUAUCCAUUUUGACUAAAAUAUGAUCAAAGUAUGAAGCAAGUGUUCUCCCAGUAAAAAUAUUAGCACCGAGGUAGGUAAAAGGGAGGGAACCUUUUUUAAUAUUGAAAAUAUCAUCUACAAUCUUAAAGGCAUGAUUCUUAGCAUGUUUAGAAACAAUAUAAAAACUCUUAUCUUUGCUAAUGAGCUGACCUGAAAAGUUUCCAUAGUCACUGAUUGAUUUUUCUAACAAGGUAAGAGUACGUUUUUCAGCAUUAGCAAAAACAAUCAAAUCAUCAGCAAAAGAUAAAUGAUUAAUAUUGGGCAUACCUUUGAGAGUGUAAUACUGCAUCACCUUACCAGAAUUAAAUAGAGAAUUUAGAUGGCGAGUGAGGACUUCUGAAACAAUGAUAAACAAAAUAGGGGAGAGAGGGUCCCCUUGUUUGACUCCCCUACUAGGUUUAAAAAAACCUUUAGCACUAGUACAAAAAAGGCAUUCUACAUCACACUUUUAACAUGAGUUAUCCCAUAACCCAUGUGGAAUAGCCACACGGGGUCAUAUUUACAAUUUUAAUAAAUUAAUCUACAUCGGGUGUUUGUAUAACUGAAGUCAAAGAGGAAAACGGGGUGCAUUUUAGAAUUUAAUAAAAUUUUCUACAUUGGUUACAAUCUUACGUGAUGUGAAAGGAAAAACGGGGUACUUUUUAGAAUAAAAAAAAGUUAUGUUUCACAUCAGUUAUACUCGAUGUAGAAGUUGCUUAAAAAACUAAUGAUGCCUUAUUCCAAAUAGAACCGAUCUGGACGAAUCUACUUUAAAUAAUAAUCGCUUGUAUCAAUUCAUUCACUUUAACUUUACAUCCUCAAACUAUUCGUAGAACCCUAGAAUAAUUGCCUUAUUCACAAAUUUGACUCGCGAACAGAGAAUGUCGAAGCUCCUCGACGGGGAUCACUACACCGAUGAACACAACGACAACGGAUUCUAUUGAUGUACUAACAGAUACAUCGAUCAACACAUCCUCGAGCAAACAUAGUAAGUCAAAGCUCUUUGACGUCAAACCAACCGAUGAGCGAACAGAAUUGGUCGAAGGUCCUUGACGUCACCCUCCUUCACUAGGUUUGUUGCUGGUGUUUUAUUUCAAAUCUUAAAGAGCUCGGCAUCUUUCGGUUUACCACACAUUGGAUUGUUCAUAAGGUAACGCCCGCAUGGUCUUUGGUAAAAUGCCGUAAUGAAGAUUUUAAAUUUUUCUGAAAUUUAUUUCCUUUUGAUUUUCUUGAUUAAAAUACUUUGAUAUGUAUUCUUUCUGAUAUGUAUUUUUUAUAUUUUCUGAAAUUUAUGAAUAAAUAAUGAGUGGAUAUUGUGGAGUUGUUGAUUUAGUUCUAUAGAUGCUUUUAGGCAUCUGUCACUUGAUACUACAUGGCAGCAACUAGCAGCUUAGGAAUCCAUUCAUUUGUGAUACGAUUUUUUGAUGAUCUUCCUCUAAAUAUUUUAGCUCUUCUUAUUCAUUAGGCAGAGGCAUUAGAGCGAAAAUGAAAAUGUUCUAAAUUAUAAGAUCUUUCCCAUCUUAUAUUGGUCCUUAAUACGGAGUAGUUAAUACAUUACGAAGAGAUCAGACUUCAAUGUCUCCUUGAGAGUUUUUUAAUUGUUGGUUUAAUUGCUUCUGAAUCAUACACUGUAUACAUAAUACUUAUGAUAACCUGGAGUUGGCUCAUACGAUUAUACGGAUAGGCUAUUUUUUGUGCAUGAGAGGCGUUUCUAUGAAAGAAUUCUCAAGUUUAUUCCAGAAUUGCAGAUUAUGCUUAUUUAAUACUCCAUAUUAUAUAAAAAAUUACGAAGUAUUUACUUACAACGUACAUACUAUUAAUUGCAAGUGUUGUUUCCUACUAUUUAAAUAUUUUGUACGUGCUUUAUAUAUGAAAAGUUUUUUCCAAAAGUUAAUAAUAAAAGAAAAACUUCUAUUACAGCUCCAUUCCUUUUGCAAAAGUUGAUGUUCAAACACUUGGUGAAAUAAAUCCCGGUGCUAUGGCUACGGCUAAGGUAACAACAUAUAUAACAUUCUUAUGUAUUCCAUUUUAAUAUUUCUUCCCCCUGCCCCACAUUCAUGUCAAACCUCCAGAAUAAAUCAUAUGGUCUAAAUUAAGGCAGAGCUUUAUAUCUUGUUUUGACCUGUGCACUUGUGCAGAUCAUUACAGAGACAGAAAAGUAGUAGAUUAUGAAGUCCGCCUUUUGAAUGUGAACAGAAGAAUUAGUUAUACAUUUAUCUUGUUUUGCUUCUUUAGUUUUCCAUCCCUUUUCACUAUUCUGAAUUGUCUUCCUUUGUUUUCCUUAAAUAUGGAUGAUAAUAAGUAGUGAUAUUUUGGUUUUACUUUCUUCAGGUUUAAAGUGUUAAAGAUGCUCUUUUGAUCCAUUGGUUUUACUUUCUGCAGGUUUUCACCUCUCUAUCUACUACUCCGUAUUUGAGAUGUUUUUGCUUCUUUUUUAACUCUCCUCCUUGAAUUAAGAAUUUCACUUCUAUAGAUUAUUAAACUAGUUGAUGGGUGUAAUAAUUUAUUUUUAAGAGCAUUAUAUGUAUCUGUGUUUGUGUUAGUAUGAGAUUAGCUACAUAUUCAGUGUAUGCUAAUAUAACAAUAAUUCAUUGUGUUUGACCGUUCAUGCAUUUUUAUUUCACAAAGAUUGUUGAUAAUUACUUUUUGUUCAAUUUACAUUACACACACAUAUACAUAUAUUAAUAGCCUAGUAGGUCUGAUAGGUGUGAUGGAUCCUUAUCAUGGUCUUUAGAGUAAUGAAUGACUCUAGACACACAUGCAUAUAUGGGUGCUCUUUAUUUAGUCAAAUUUUAGUAUUUUAUAUGUAUUGAGUCAAUAGAUCAGAUUUGUGUCAUAAUUGAUCAUUUGUACCUAUAUGCUUUUAGUUAUUGUAAUACCGACUAGUAUUUUUCAUUUCAUGAGUUGUUGCAGGUGCCUAUGGAAAAUAUUAAAUGGAAAUGGUGGAAGAUGACUAUAGUUGGUGCAAGACAACAAGACAGUAGGAGGUAGUGGGUCAUCAGUUGAAAAGUUGAAGUAAAUACCCGUAGUAAUAUUUAUGUUUUUCAGAUUCUGUUGUUACUACAUAGAUAUUACCAGGUGUUGAUAUUCUAGAAAUAUCAGGGCAUUUUUAAUUCUUCUUUUUUUAGGAGUUAAAAGCAUAUAAAGAUGAGAUCAGUUAUCUUAAUUUGUUGUAUUCAUACAAUUAUUAUGAAUAUUAUUAUAGUUUGUGGAUUUGGGAUGAUAUUGAAUACUCCGUAGUUAUUUUAACUUGUGAACUUAUAAUUUAUUGAAAUGUUGUGCAA